UCCCGUGCGGGAGUUAAAUGGACACUUGUUCCCCAAGGUGAGAGCCCUCCAGCACACGCUCACUGCUCUCUCCAGGAACCACCUCCCAAAGAGCUGCUGAAUUUCUGUGCUGCGGCCCGCAGUGCGUGCUGAACUUCUGGCACUGUAAAUACGUUUGUAAUGAGUAUGACCUCGCAAACAAACCUUAGCUGGAGAACUCGUGAGCCCUCGUAUCCUAUAGCACAUUGCCAGAUCUCUUCCUGUUCUCUCCACCUUGACUCCUACUGGUUUUGUAUAUCAUUGUUACUAGACGAUGCCGGGCGGCAAUUGCUUUCUACGUUGGGUGGAUUGUCUGAGCUCUUUAUUUGAGAGAGCAAAAGACCUAUUUUUGUUAGUCCUUAAAAAUUAGAGCAGAGCAAAUUCACGUGAGGUAACUGGAUGCGAUAGAACUGUGUGACAGGCUGACACCACACUGCUCCACUCUGCCACCGUUCUGCUGUGGGUUUGGAGGGUGAUGUCAGACCAGGCUGUAAAAUACCUGUAGCCAUUAUUUGAUUGCUCACAGAUGUGAAUGAUGUUUGGCCCAAAGGAUGCAGCUUCACAGGGAAAGGAAAUGAGCGGAGCAGAACUGAGGCAGCAAAUAUUUCUCUGGGAUUUUGUAAUAUCAACGAACUCAGCAACGUUCCCGUCCCUGUCAUGUUAAUGCCCGAUGAUUUUAAAGCCUACAGUAAGAUCAAGGUGGACAAUCAUCUAUUCAACAAGGAAAACUUGCCGAGUCGCUUCAAGUUUAAGGAGUACUGUCCGCUGGUGUUCCGAAACCUCCGGGAAAGGUUUGGGAUCGAUGACCAGGACUACCAGAACUCGGUGACGCGAAGCGCCCCAGUGAACAGCGACAGCCAGGGCCGAUGCGGGGCCCGGUUCCUCACCACCUACGACAGGAGGUUUGUCAUUAAGGCCGUGUCGAGCGAGGACGUAGCGGAGAUGCACAACAUCUUAAAGAAAUACCACCAGUUCAUAGUGGAGUGUCACGGGAACACCCUCCUGCCCCAGUUCCUCGGCAUGUACCGGCUCACCGUGGAUGGAGUGGAAACCUACAUGGUGGUUACCAGAAACGUGUUCAGCCACAGGCUGACGGUGCACCGGAAAUACGACCUGAAGGGCUCAACAGUGUCCAGGGAAGCAAGCGAUAAGGAGAAGGCCAAGGACCUGCCCACGUUCAAGGACAACGACUUCUUGAAUGAGGGACAGAAGCUGCACGUCGGGGAAGAGAGCAAAAAGAACUUCCUCGAAAAGCUGAAGCGGGACGUGGAGUUCUUAGCUCAGCUGAAGAUUAUGGACUACAGCCUGCUGGUUGGGAUCCACGACGUUGACCGGGCAGAGCAGGAAGAGAUGGAAGUGGAGGAUCGGGCAGAGGACGAGGAAUGUGAGAACGAUGGUCUCGGAGGAAACCCCAUCUCCUCGUACGGAACCCCCCCGGACAGCCCCGGCAAUCUCCUCAAUUACCCUCGCUUCUUCGGGCCCGGAGAGUUCGAUCCUUCCGUCGAUGUCUACGCCAUGAAAAGCCACGAAAGUGCCCCCAAGAAGGAAGUGUACUUCAUGGCCAUUAUAGACAUUCUUACGCCAUACGAUGCAAAGAAGAAAGCUGCACAUGCUGCCAAAACAGUGAAACAUGGGGCUGGGGCAGAGAUCUCCACCGUGAACCCGGAGCAGUACUCCAAACGCUUCAACGAAUUUAUGUCCAAUAUCCUGACAUAGUCAUCUUCAGCCUUCAGCGGGACACGAAGAGAAGAGGGGCUACUUCCCGGCGGAGAACGCAGCCUGUGACACUAAAACAGACACUGUAGCAGCAUGUGGGGUGUGUGUGAGUGUGUGUUUGUGCGUGCGCGUGCAAGAGCGAGUGCGUGGCACUGCGUGACUUCAGAGAAAACGGAUUUUCGGUGCGCCCUCCGACAGCCCGCUUUCAGCCAGGUGGGAGAUGUGGGGGGGGGGGGGUUUUGUUACAGAAGUGCCCAGACGUCAAUUCGAGGGCUUUUUUAAACCAAGAAAAGUGCAUUGUUUUCAGCACUGCUCUUCCUGACGGCGUUUUCCUCCUCUCUGACCGAGGGACCCCGACGCGAGGCGCUGCGCGGGAGGGAUGCUGGAGCUCGCGUUGGUUGGAGUGCAGCAGUGCCUGAUCCCGCAAACGACUUUCUUUGUCAUUAAUUACCGUCGAGUUGUCUUUGCAAGGAAGGCGUGCAAGCCCUUCUACUUCCCUCGUGCUAGGAAUCGGAAGGAAGGUAGCUCACCGUCUCGAGGAUGGAAAAUAUUGCUGUGAUCGGGAGGAGUCGCUGAACUUUAGGUCAAUUCAGACUGGGACACUUUGUACCUUUUGGUUAAUUUAAGUAAGAAAAACGUGGGUUUUUUUUUUUUGUUGUUGUUGUUUUUUUCUUUUGUAACUGCACUCGAUUCGCAAGAAAGAUGAGGGACAUGAACAUCUACCAAAGAUGAUCGCGAAGAGAGGCGUUAGCUCCCGGAGCCUACAAAA